AUGGAUUUUAAAAUAAUAAAUACUACUAAAAAUCGGGAAUGUUUAAUUUUUUGUAACUCUAAAUUUCACUUUACUAGAAAUUUGGCUACGGAAAAUAUAAGUUGGCGUUGCGUUAAAAAAAAUUAUAGUGCGUAUGUAAAAACGAAUUAUUCAAAAUCAACAAAAUCAACACUAAUCGAUAUCAAAGACAGCCAUGAACAUGAACCAAAUACUAUUGAAGAUUUAAACUUGCUGGAAGUUAGAGGUAAGUGCAAAAGAAAAGAAUGCAAGGAUUUAAAUCUACAGCCAAAUAAUAUAAUACGUACGGAUCUAUCUUCAUGUAGUACAUCCAAAUUCGAUGAUAUUAACAGUAUUAGAAAAUCUAUAUACCGUGAACUACGAAAAGUGCUGCCUCCCAAUCCUAAAUCAUUUAAUGAGGCAAUAGCACAAAUUUCCGAUUUACCGGUCUUAACAAAUAAAAACUAA